UACAGAUAUGAUUGGAUCCCUACCAGACAACCAGAAAGCCAUUUUGUACUCGCUGUUGUGUUAUGACGGUAACCAAAUCAGCUGGAGGGACAGUGACCAAUGGUUGUCAACACUUAACGAUAUCCGGGAAAAACUCUUUGAUGCCGAAAAUGUGUCUGUAACGGAUACAAAACAUGAUAUCGACAAAUUAAAGAGUAUUAAGUUAAUACAAAAUAACGACCGACAUCUAAAAAUUACCUCUAAAAAGUACGUUGAGGAUGCUAUGUACGAGUUCGGGAAGAGCACAAACUCAAAGUUCUCUAAUCACAGUUACAUGUUAACUUUGUUGUGUAUGACCAUAGUGAGGGAUUACUGCACGGCCUGGUCUAGGUAUAGAUAUUCAAAACAUGUUUAUUGUGUUGAUGGUCUCUAUCCCUCCCUGGUGUACCGGUUACAGAUGGACAUCCUCAUCCACCCAACAAUAGAGGACGAUGACUGGGGCUUACAGAAAGCAGCGUCCUGGAUAUUAAACAUACCAACGGACAAACUCCAAUCAGAGAAAGCAAGAAAACGUAUGUACAGAGAUCUACGUCGUGACAUAGAUAAAGGAGAUAUAAAGAAACUUGGAGUAGUGAGUUGGACCAGGAUGACCAGAGAGGAGGAGAAUAUAUACGGGCCCGAGACUGUGUACGAACUGAGACCUCAGUGUGCCAUUUCCACCAUUGGACAACACGACCACAACGACAUCUUUAUAAUGGAAGGAGAAAUGUUUGCUGUGAAAGGUGGUUUGCCUACUUUUAACGGGAAUUUUGAGGAUAUAUUCGCUGUUCUCCUAUCCGACAGAUUCAGCAUUCCCUUUGAUAAAUUGUACAUUUUUGAUGGUAUAACUGAGCAAUCUGGAGGUGUAGUCCGUUUCAUCUCCGACGAGAUUAGACAACAAGUCAUGUACUCCUAUGUAGUUAGGAAACUGCAGACGGAUGAUGACAUGAAGAAAUUUUUCAAAGUCGCUUCGGUAGACUGUCUGAUGGAGUACGGACGUCCUUGGCGUUAUAGCAGGAAGGAAAAAGAGCCAUGUUUGUUCAUUCCUGAGGACAUGGAGAGCCUCUACUUCGAGAAACUUGGAUAUGCUGCAAUAAAGCACGUGUUGUUUGAUGACGAACUUCUAAAGAAUACAACAUGGAAGAAAAUCUCAGAGAUUAAUGAUAUUCCCUUUGACCUGUGUAUACAGAGCAAGAACUUCCGGAACCGGUUUGUGGAGUACGUGCGUAAUGAACGAGGGGAACUGGGAGGCGAAGUGCAAUCCUUGAAGUAUAUGUAUUCAGCAUUUCUCUUCCACAACAUGGAUAUGUCUGAAGAAAACAUUAAUUCAAUUCGAAAUUCAGAUAUAUCGACGUGGCCAGUUCUUCUGGGAAUUCUGAUGUCGGACGGAUACAAGAUGAAGAAUGACAUUGCAACAACACCCAUGGUCAAAGGACGUUUUCUAAAUAUCGGCGCUGAUCAGUACAAUAAAGCGUUGGAAGAAAUCAAAUCAAAGAGGAACAUUGUUGAAAUCAAUGAAGAACACGUUACAUUUGCCUCACCUGGGAUAAAGCACGCAGUGAUGUGUAGAUUCGUUGAAUCCUGCCUGAAGUCGGACGAGGACCUUGAGAGUUAUAUAGAGGAGUCUUCAACCGAUUCCUUAAAGGAAUAUUGCCGACUCUGGAGUUACAAGCGGGAUGAGAAGGAAGCAUGCCUGUUCAUUCCCGAAAAAUUCAGGGAGAAAUAUAUCAAACGUUUAAAUCAAAACGUCAUUACCCACGUGAUGGUAGAGGACAGAGAUGACAGUGACAGGGAAUGGCGUACUGCAGAAACAAGGAAGUACAUAUCGGAGCUUUUAAACAUUCCAUUGGAAGUGUUGUCUUGGGACAUUGGUGGAAGAAGAAGAUAUUUAGAGACUAUCAAAAUGGGAAAGAAGAAAAUGUACCGCGCUAGAGGUAUGCUUGUUGGGUGCACUGGCGCGGGAAAGACAACUCUUCUUCAGAGGCUUCAGAGUAGACAUACGACACAGACUACAGAGACAACCAAAGGCCUGGAGAUCCAUGAAAAUUUGUUUGAAAUUGUAUCUGACACAUUAAAAGAUCACCAAAAAAAGUCAGCAGGGCUCCACAGUGACAAACAGCUGAUAAGCAUGACAGAUUUUGCUGGACAAGCGGCGUAUUACGCCUGUCAUCAGGUUUACCUGUCAAGAAGAGCGUUUUAUCUACUAGUUGUUGACAUGUCUAAAAAGCUGACCAAAGAAGCCCACAAGGAUAACAAGGACCGUCACAACCCAAUAGGGUCGUUAUUUCACCACUGGACCUAUAAAGAUUAUUUCACGUUUUGGCUCCAGUGUAUACAAACGUACUGUGGAUAUGGAGACAGGCAAACUGUUGGCAACGACACGGACACAGUGGAUAGGCGAACUGUUGGCAAAGACACGGAUACAGUGGAUAGGCGAAAUCCAGUGAUUCUUAUUGCGUCACACAAAGAUAAAGCCAAACGGAAAACAUAUGCUACAAAAUUAGCAUUCUUCGAAAAAUUAAAAAGUUGUAUACCACAACAACAAGCUUUGGAAAAUCUUCUGUCACCUGAUAGAUACUAUGAAAUUGAAUGUCCUCGGGGUUCGUUAACUGAGAAACGAGAAGAAAUGAUUGAGGAAGUCAAAAAAUGUGUUGUUCAAACUGUCCGAAGAUUGCCGCAUUGGGGAGAAGAAAUACCUAUAUCAUGGGUGGGUUUUGAAGACAUUCUCAAACAGAAGAAAGCCGAAAGAGUUUGGAAGACAUCUACAUUGAAGAACAUGGAAGAAUUACAAUCUCUGAAAGAGAAAGAGCUAGAGAUCGGUGACAUGCUUCGAUUUUUCCAUGAAAUUGGACAAAUUAUCUAUUUUCCAGAUGAUAGAUUGAGGGAUGUGAUCAUAAUUGAUGUUCAAUGGUUCGUUGAUGGAUUUAAAAACAUCAUCACAGAUGAAAACCAUUUUGCACGAGAAAUUAAAGAUUGCGACAAAAAGAUAGAAAGAGGAAGAAUUGCAGUGUCAACUUUAGAAAAUAUAUGGGAGAAAGCAGAGGACGAAUCUUACAUUGACCAUAUGCAUGAAAUCGUACCAUACAUGGAAAAACUAGGUUUAAUGGCGGAAAUAAAGAAAAGCAAAGAGUUCUACAUCCCAAGUAUGAAUAGAGUAGACAUGUCUCCGGUUGAUUUAGACACAAUCAACGAUGGGCAAAAAACGUCAAUUCUCAUAUUCCAUUUCAAGACAUACUUACCACAUUUCUUCUUCUUUCGCUUGGUUGUACAUUGUUUUGAGGAAAUGGAUGUCCUCAAAGAGGACAUGUUUAGCAAAAAUGCCGCCUUUUACAAGGAAAAAGAUCAUUUCAUCGCCAUUGCCGUAAACAAAACAUCGAUCCAAUUGCAAGUCUUCACUGAAAGUAGGAGUAUACAGCCCAAAACCGACUGCGUUAUAAAAAUCAGGAAAAAAGUGGAAGGCAUCAUUAGCGUUUUAACAGAAACUUUCCAUAAGAAAGUUACGUAUGACAUAGGAUAUUCUUGCAAAGAUAUCAAUAUUACAGAUGAAGACAAAGAUUACUUUUUUGUGGAAGAUGACAUAUUACUCAGAGAAGGAGGAAAAGAAAUGUCUGAACGAAAAUGCCCGCGGCAUCCAAAAGCAGAUGAAAAGCACUACAUCAAACCAGAUAACCUACUCCGAUUUUGGAAUAACACGGGUGGAACAUAAGCAGUAGUGAAACAUUGCAAGAAUCAUUUCAUCAUAAAUAGUCUAUCAGAAAGAAAGUGAUUGUCAAAAGCUUAAAAGGAUACGCACAGAGGGUACAAUUUCGUGAAUGCUAUGGAAUCAUAAAACUAUAUUCGUUACAACUAUAUAUUUUGUUUUCCUUUUUCAAUCGCUAAUGAAUCACAAUUGUUAGUCUUCACGAAUUAGUAAAAUCUAUAUGUCGUGAGGUAAUCCCUCUAUUGUACGUAUCAAAUGUGUAAUAUGUUCUUUCAUUUAUGCAUUCCGUCAAAGUAUUGAUGAAUUUAAUCAACAUGUAAUCAUUAUAGAUUGCAGUAUCGUUACCAAAGUUGUUUUGACAAUUUAUCAAAAUCAACAACACACAUGUAUAUAAAUGUAUAUGCCGAAGGACUUUUAAAAUCCAACACUUUUUUGGAAAUUUUGGUCGUGUAUUUCAUUUCAUUGACUUGGAGCAUAAAUUAUGUCUGGUAUAUAAACUUUGAUAAAUAGCCCUACGUCCAUCAAUUUAAAAAGCCAUUCCUUUUCCUCUGAGAGGCUAGAUGUGAGGUCAAAAGUGGCAGGGAUGAACCAAAACUCUGAUGUGAUUCACUAAUACCUGGCAUGUUCACCCUCAGCGUGUAUGUCGAUGUGUAGGCGACAUUCCAUUGACUUACAAAUGGUCUGAAUGUUUCUUUAAGGAGUAUCCUGUCAUCUUUCCAACAACGACCUCUCUGAUUCUUCUACAUUCUGUGGUCGAAGCUGGCGCCUAUGCAUUAAGGUCUGGGGAUAUGACUGAGCAAUCAAGGACACUGAUGGUAAUUUCUUUGAAUGGAUACCCUUGCCCGAUCUCCAGUAUGUGUGCAUGCAAGUCCUGCUUAAAAAAACAAAACUCUUUGAAUUGUGUUUUUCAGAGACAUUUGUAAAAUGAUUGAAAUUCAUUUUUACUGUGUGAUGUUGUUGUAAAUCAAUGUUUCAUUUUAUCCAUGCAGAUGUUAUAUACAAAAUUAAGGAUUAUCGCCCUCACGCAGAGCUCUUAAAGAAUUUCACUCCACUUUUUUGGCACACUGUUUUUCCCUAUAAUAGCUCUAAAACUUCAUUGUUAUUUGGAUUUCGAACAUUUCGAUUGAGCAUCACUAAAGAGAAAUGCGCAUCUGGUGCAUCAAAAUUGGUACCGUAUAAGUUUUACAUACAAGCUACAUGUAAAGUUGUGUUUUAUUGAAACAUUUCUUACAAUUUGUGUUGCGGUCAUACAUUUAUUUAGGUAUCCACGAGUGUCAUGGAGCUUUUUGCUCAUAACGUAAUGCAUUUUUCAAGUUGAAAACGAGAAUUGCACUUUGACGUCAUUCGAAAGUUUAUGUAUAUUGCAUAUAUAGGUUUUAACGAUACAUAACUAGAUUUAGAUGUAAUCUUUGUUUCUGUGUUUGCAAUUUUUAUCUCUGUAAAUGUACAUCUAUUUAAGCACAUCCAUAUUCGUUAUCUGUUACUCCGUGAUUAGUUGUAUUGAUGUUGUUUCUUGUUAUGAGAACCAUAUCAACUGUUGAAUGUUUUAUGUUAUGAUUUGCUAUAUUUCAAUUAUGUUGUAUUUUCUGUUAUUAUCUUACCUACAUGUACACAUUUGCAUACUAUUUUGUAUAUAUGUAUCAGUUUUGAAUCAAUAGAAAUAACCCGGAGACAAUUGAUCUAUAACAUUGUAAAUCACGGUGACAUGUUUUAUCAAUAUAUUCAUAUUCGCAAGCCACGUUCUAUUGUCGCUGUUCUACUUCAGGUGGGUAGACAAUGUACUCCCGGAUUCAAUAAGUGUGGCGAGCAACAUUACAAUGUAUGUAGCUUAUUAAAUCAAAAUAGUCCGAUCUUCUGACAUAUCUAUAUCUGCUGCACAGUAUCAUAUCAUCAUAUGAACAUUUGAAAAGUAAAGGUAUCAUGUUUGUAUUAAUACAUGGUUUGUAUGUAUUGUAGGUUUAUAAUUUUCAUACUUUAGAUUUGAACUUGUACUGCUUAUGUUUUUAUGAAGUCAUUACUUAUAUGCCGUAAAUACUGCAAUUGUUUAUUAGUAUUUUUUUUUCUAUUUCAAAAGAAAAGAAGACGGAAAACUCAGUGUAGCGAUUUAUGGAAAUAUUGUGCUGACAGGUAGUCAUAACGUGGAUUAAACUAAAUAACUCGAUUUUUCCUGUAUUAGUUCACUGUUCAAUUUGUAUUAUAUGUGGAGAAAAGGAUGGUAAAAACAGCAUAUGUUUUGUGAUUCAUGGGCUCAUGUAGAUGCCUUAGUAGCUAUAAGAAUUCGACAUACUUCAUCAUUAAACACUUGGUUAUCUUUUUUUGAAAUUUUUGUAGCUUACUUUAUGAAAUUGUGCGUAAAUAAUGUUUAAUUCUUUUUCUGUCUUCUUUUACAUUUUUUUUCUCAUCAUUUCUUAAGGAUUUUUUUAUAUACAUGUAGUCAAGUGUAACUUAUAAGCAUCUCGUACUUUAAUGUAUUUGAAGGUGUAUGCGUAUUCACAAUAAAUAACAAUCAAUUUCAUGAAUGUGUAUGCUAUAGAUGUAUAAACAAAUAAUCCUAAAAUAUAUCUAAAUGAUGUCUGAUAAACAUUCCAUAUUUGUGUUUUAUGCGAAGAAAAUAGUGAGAGAAAAAAAAAACAUAUUUGUGUGAUUCAUAGGUUAAAUUCACUGUCCGGGCAACUGUUAUACCACAUUUGAGUGAAUAAUUGCAUGUAAAGACUUCAAUAUUGUUUUUAACAUUUUGAGAAUAUCACUAGACAAUGCCUUAAUUUCAAUAUGAACUGUCAAGGAAAACUUUAUAGUAGUUAAAUGGUUAAAGAGUGUAUCCAUUUAUUGCAACUUUGGUAUAUCUGAUGUUUGUUUUCCAAACCAAUGUGGCAUCUUUGCGUGAGCCAACUUCCGUAGGAGAGCGAUGUGGUUCAUUCGUCUCCUGACUGUUUCUGGCAAGUGCGUUUUAAAUUUACGUUUUUUUAAAUUUUCACAAUCGGCAUUCUUCCAUGAAUUACAUGAUACUACCACCCCAUAGUUGAUAAGGUACGUGUUUAGUCUUAUGUAAUCGUUCGUUAUCUUCACGUUUUCAUGUGUAUAGUUGUAAUUGCUGUACUUUAGCCGAGUACAUGUACAUACAAACUUGUGUGUCUACAUGCGGCGGAUUUGCAUCAUACAAUUUCUUCAGUGAAAUACUUAUCUAUUUAGAAAUUUAUUAUUGUGCAUCUUUUUAAUACAAUUUGUCAUUGGUGCACAUGCGUGUUUUUGAUUCUGUGUUAUGUAAUGGUACUCACUAUAGGUUACUGCAUCAGUUUUGUCAAAAUUAAUCUAUCUAUAAAAUAAUCUAAGACUAAGAUCAUUUAUUACCGUAAAAUGAAAACCAAAAUUGGGGGUCUAUUCAGUAUAAAAACUUUAAGGACGGCUAAACGGGGAAUACGAAGCUGAUGCAGACAUCACAAUAGUAGUACGUUUAAUCUGUGGACGCCUUGAAUAUCAUGAAAACAUAAACUUGUGCUUUCUGAUUUAUUAUCGCUUAAUAAAAUUACCAUAAAA